AUGGCUACUCAAGUUGCACCAAAAUGGUAUCCUGCUGAAGAUGCUCCAAUUGCCAAGAAGACCAGAAAGAGUAUUCAACCACAAAAGUUGAGAUCUACUUUGGUUCCAGGUACUGUUUUGAUUUUGUUGUCUGGUAACUUCAGAGGUAAGAGAGUUGUUUACUUGAAGGCUUUGGAAGACAACACUUUGUUGGUCUCUGGUCCAUUCAAGGUCAAUGGUGUUCCAUUGAGAAGAGUCAACGCUCGUUACGUCAUUGCUACCUCUACCAAGGUCGAUGUCUCCUCUGUCGAUGUUUCUAAGUUCGAUGUUAAAUACUUUGCUAAGGACAAGGCUGCCAAGAAGUCCAAGAAGACUGAAGCUGAAUUGUUCGAAGAAAAGGACUCCAAAAAGGCUGUUAACCCAGAAAGAGUUGCCGACCAAAAGAAGGUUGACUCUGCUUUGAUCUCUGCUAUCAAGCAAACCCCAUUGUUGAAACAAUACUUGGCUUCUUCUUUCACUCUCAAGAAGGGUGACAAGCCACACUUGUUGAAAUUUUAA